CACCCUGUCUAUGUUAUUGGCAGGUACUAUGUCGGCAGCAGUCAUGUCUUCAGGCGAAAAAGUUGAACUUAAGACCGCACCAUUUGAUGCUCGCUUCCCUAACCAGAACCAGACCAGAAACUGCUGGCAGAACUAUGUGGAUUUUCAUCGCUGUGUGAAAGCUAAGGGCGAUGAUUAUGAACCAUGCCAGUACUUUAAGCGUGUCUAUCGCUCGCUAUGCCCAAACGCUUGGGUGGACAAGUGGGAUGAGCAGAGGGAAGAAGGCAGCUUCACGGGCAAGAUAUAACAAUCGCAUGCUGCCUAGAUAAUUUCCAGCGACAUCUAUUCUAGAAAAGUCGAUCACGGUGUUAAUUGCCGUAAGGCUGGUUAGAGUGAGAAUGUGAUCGACUUGCUGUAAACAUUGUAAACUGAAGUCUGAUGUCUUGUUCUGUUACGUAAUUGGUGUGAAAUAUUUCAGGUUGUCGGCUAUGUAUCCGUUUGCAGUUUUAGUACUUUCGAACUGAAUAGAAGAUAGAUUGAGGUCACUGAGAUUUCUUGAGCAAAGGAAUGUUUUAUAGUUGCAUUGAAUUUAUAUAAUGCCAUAGGCAUGUGUCAAAUAUCAGAAACAAAACAAAUCUACCAUAGUAACUUAAGUUUGAUACUAGAACUGGUUAGGAUACUAAUUGGUUAAGUGUUAAAUAAACAUCAUAACCUGUUAUUAAAAUCACUA